CACUCCUCUUUGUCUUUUCUCCGCCAGGUUCUCAGAGUUGGAGCAUGAACACCUUUGUGGCUCUCUCGACACGGCAGAGGAUGCCCGUGAUUGGACUCGGCACAUGGAAAAGUACCUCGGGACAGGUGAAGCAGGCAGUGCAUAAAGCUUUAGAGUGUGGAUACAGGCACUUUGAUUGUGCUGCUGCUUAUGAGAAUGAAAAGGAGGUUGGAGAGGCUCUGACUCUCUGGGUGGGUCCAGGAAAGGCUCUGCAGCGUGAAGAAGUGUUUGUGACUUCCAAACUGUGGAACACCAAACAUGACCCCCAGGAUGUUGAAGAGGCAUGCAGGACCAGUUUAGCAGAUCUGGGUCUCUCCUACCUGGACCUUUACCUCAUGCACUGGCCCAUUGCAUUUCAGAGGGGGAAGGAACUGAUGCCUCGAAAGGAAGAUGGAAGCAUUUGUUACUCUGACACACACUACAGGGAUACUUGGACUGCCAUGGAGAGCCUCGUAGAUAGAGGGCUAGUCAAGGCUAUAGGUCUGUCCAACUUCAAUGCCAGGCAGACUGAUGACAUCAUAAGCAUGGCCAGACACAAACCUGUAGUAAACCACGUUGAAUGCCAUCCAUAUUUGUCUCAAGCAGAUCUCCUCUCACACUGUCGCUCAGUGGGAGUUUGUGUGACAGCUUACAGUCCUCUGGGCAGUGGAGACAGACCCUGGGCCUCCGCUAAUGAACCAAGUCUGCUAGCAGAUCCUUGACUGGGAGCCAUAGCCCAAAGAUACAAGAAGACACCGGCCCAGGUUAUACUCCGGUGGCACAUUCAGAGGGGUGUUGUGUGUAUUCCCAAAAGCGUGACGCCUUCCAGAAUCCAGCAGAACUUGAACGUGUUUGACUUUUCCUUGUCAGAAGAGGACACGAAGAGCAUUGAAUCCUUCAAUCACAACAAGCGUUUCAUCGCUCCAACAGUCGAGGUAAGUCACCAAAGAGUGUGGAGAGAUGCUGAACAUCCUCAUUUCCCCUUCCAUGAUGCUUACUGAGUCUCUAGCAAAGUCGAUGUAUACUUUUUAAGAAGAGUUGUCACUAUGAUUAAUUUCAUAGCAAUUUUAGUUCAGUAAUUUUGAUCAAUUUUCACCCCCGUUACAUUUUCAGUAUGGGGGAAGAAAAAAAGAAAGAAAAAGAAAAAAAAAUCCAAGCAGCAGUGUUUCUCUCACAGUUACAGUGACACUGUGUGGACAGAAACUGAACAGUAUCUUAGCCCAGUGACAGCACUACUGAUCACGUCUUUAUACUUUCACUCUGCUGGCAGCAGAGAACAGACAGAUCUCAUCAACUACAAACUGCCCUGUAAAGAGUUUUAGUGUCUGGUAGAAGAAGUAGGAGGGGGGUGAACCAAACAAACUUUGUUACAUGCCGUCUUUCUGCAAGAUUUACAUCUCUGUCAAACAGGCAGAUAAAUGGCAAAUAAUACCAGGUACCAUAAAUGCAGAUGAUUUAACCUCACUCUGAUGAAUCAAGUAUCUGUUUAACUUAAUUUUGUAAUGCCUAAUAUACAAGCAAUAAAAAAGCUUAAUAGAAA